AAAUAUCAGGAAAGACGCUGUGGGAAAAUAGCAGGCCAAAAGUUCUUAGUAAACUGCAGCCAGGGAGACUCAGACUAGAAUGGAGGUAGAAAGAACUGAUGCAGAGUGGGUUUAAUUCUAAGCCUUUUUGUGGCUAAGUUUUUGUUGUUGUUAACUUAUUGAAUUUAGAGUUGUAUUGCACUGGUCAUGUGAAAGCCAGAGCAGCACCAGUGUCAAAAUAGUGACAGAGAGUUUUGAAUACCAUAGUUAGUAUAUAUGUACUCAGAGUAUUUUUAUUAAAGAAGACAAAGAGCCCGGCAUAGAUCUCAUCUUCAUCUUUACUCGGUUGCAAAAUCAAUAGUAAAGAAAUAGCAUCUAAGGGAACUUUUAGGUGGGAAAAAAAAUCUAGAGAUGGCUCUAAAUGACUGUUUCCUUCUGAACUUGGAAGUGGACCAUUUCAUGCACUGCAACAUCUCCAAUCACAGUGCGGAUCUGCCCGUGAACGACGACUGGUCCCACCCUGGGAUCCUCUAUGUCAUCCCUGCAGUUUAUGGGGUUAUCAUUCUGAUAGGCCUCAUUGGCAACAUCACUUUGAUCAAGAUCUUCUGUACAGUCAAGUCCAUGCGAAACGUUCCAAACCUGUUCAUUUCCAGUCUGGCUUUGGGAGACCUGCUCCUCCUAAUAACGUGUGCUCCAGUGGAUGCCAGCAGGUACCUGGCUGACAGAUGGCUAUUUGGCAGGAUUGGCUGCAAACUGAUCCCCUUUAUACAGCUUACCUCUGUUGGGGUGUCUGUCUUCACACUCACGGCGCUCUCGGCUGACAGAUACAAAGCCAUUGUCCGGCCAAUGGAUAUCCAGGCCUCUCAUGCCCUGAUGAAGAUCUGCCUCAAAGCCGCCUUUAUCUGGAUCAUCUCCAUGCUGCUGGCCAUUCCAGAGGCCGUGUUUUCUGACCUCCAUCCCUUCCAUGAGGAAAGCACCAACCAGACCUUCAUUAGCUGUGCCCCAUACCCACACUCUAAUGCGCUUCACCCCAAAAUCCACUCUAUGGCUUCCUUUCUGGUCUUCUAUGUCAUCCCACUGUCAAUCAUCUCUGUUUACUACUACUUCAUUGCUAAAAAUCUGAUCCAGAGUGCUUACAAUCUUCCCGUGGAAGGGAAUAUACAUGUCAAGAAGCAGAUUGAAUCCCGGAAGCGACUUGCCAAGACAGUGCUGGUGUUUGUGGGCCUGUUCGCCUUCUGCUGGCUCCCCAAUCACGUCAUCUACCUGUACCGCUCCUACCACUACUCUGAGGUGGACACCUCAAUGCUCCACUUUGUCACCAGCAUCUGUGCCCGCCUCCUGGCCUUCACCAACUCCUGCGUGAACCCCUUUGCCCUCUACCUGCUGAGCAAGAGUUUCAGGAAACAGUUCAACACUCAGCUCCUCUGUUGCCAGCCUGGCCUGAUCAUCCGGUCUCACAGCACUGGAAGGAGUACAACCUGCAUGACCUCCCUCAAGAGUACCAACCCCUCCGUGGCCACCUUUAGCCUCAUCAAUGGAAACAUCUGUCACGAGCGGUAUGUCUAGAUUGACCCUUGAUUUUGCCCCCUGAGGGACGGUUCUGCUUUAUGGCUAGACAGGAACCCUUGCAUCCAUUGUUGUGUCUGUGCUCUCCAAAGACCCUUCAGAAUGCUCCUGAGUGGUGUAGGUGGGGAUGGGGGUGAGGGUGGGGAGGCCCAAAUGAUGGAUCACCAUUAUAUUUCGAAAGAAGCCACCAAGUCUUAAGUUUUUCAUUUCAACUUGUGAACGUUUCUUCUGAUGUGAAGCAAACCUUCCCUUUUCAGAAAAGGGAACAAGUAGAAAAUUCUUUUUUAAGCAUCAAGCCCUGUUAAAUGGUCGUGGCCAAUUAUGUCAUAGAAACUGUAUGAACAACCAGAUUUAUAUAGCAGAGAAAUCAUACAUUGAAUGCUUACUUUGUGAAAGACUUCAUCUUGUCAUUUCUUUAAGCAGACGCUAGUACUUUAGACAUAUAACUUGACUUUGUUUUCAGGAAUAUCUGUAAUACACAAACCAAGGAACAACUUUUAUUUACACUCCUAAUAUGAAAAGUCAAUCCUGUGAAAGAGCUCCAUGUAUGAGGGACACUCUCCAAGUUGAUAACAAUGGAAGCGAGUUUAAUAUAAAACAAUUCCCUAAGCAUUUAUUUUUCUUAAAAAGAUGUUACUGAGGACCUAGAAGAAAUGCUCAAUACAUACUUUUAAAGCAAAAAUACAACGAAACACAUUGUCACGUAUAUAAAGAUCCACGUGUGGCUGUGUGUGAUAUCUCACACUCUGAAUUCUUACUUGAUGGAGGUUUUGUUUGCUGCUACAGUUUUAAUCAUCCAGGGUGCCAUUCCAUCAUAGAAGAGAAAUCCUUUUAGGAAAAAAAAUUAAUCAUGCUAUUAAUUAAUCAAAUAUCUAUAAAUGCAUAAAGUACAGUAUUUAUUCUUGAUACAUAGGUUUUGAGUCAAAUGUAUUUACUUAGAUUUGUCUUUGACUGCUACAUUGAAUCAGUAGUUUCACUGUAAGAAAGAAGGGAUUGUAUCUGAGUAGAAAUAGGAACAUGUUUAUAUUUAAUGUAUGCUUCUCCUAACGUUUGUGGGUGGAAGUGAAUAAAAUUUCAGUAACACGUA